AUGGAUUCUAGGCGGCGUAAAAAAGCAGCUAUGCAACACAAAUUGCAACAACUUCGAUCAGUCACGAAUUCUAGUGCUGUGAACAAAGCCUCAAUUAUUGUGGAUGCCACCAGAUACAUAGAAGAGCUGAAGCAAAAAGUGGAGGGAUUCAGCUCAGAGCUUGGAAUCGCUGAAUCAUCAUCCUCCCAUGACGAAUUGCCCAUGGUCACCGUAGAAACCCUAGAAAGGGGUUUCCUCAUUAAUGUGUUUUCAGAAAGAAAUUGCCCCGGUAUGCUUGUGGCAAUACUUGACGCCUUCGAAGAACUGGGACUUGAUGUGCUUGACGCUAGGGUUUCUUGUGAAGACACUUUCCAGCUAGAAGCUGUUGGAGGAGAAAGUCAAGAGAACGAGAGCAUCGACGCGCAAGUGGUGAAGCAAGCAGUGCUGCAAGCAAUCAAAAACAUGGAAUAA